UAUUUGAUAGUGUGAACUAUGUCUUUUUUUCUCAGUGGGGCAACAGAAUUUUGCGCUUGGCUUGCAAACGUAGAGAUGGCCCCAAAUGGAUUUGGUCGGACACUGGCGGCGGCAGCUGCCUAGAAAUCCUGGAGUGCUCGAAACCGAUACGGAAGCCCCGAAAACCGAAACCGAGACCCCAAACUCGAAAAUAAUGUGCUGCUGGAGUGGGCAUUAUUGAAGUUGACAACACUUCGGUGCAGCGAGUUUAAGAGCACAGGGUUAAAAGCAUUUUUUCGGGGGGAGCCGGAGGAGUACAAUGGUCAUCCAGUGCACAUGUGAUUGCAACUGCAGUGAUAGUAGAGAUAACCGGAGCGUUAUAUCCUGCCUGCUGCCGGGUCGCAGUCAGCCGUACAAGUUGGGAUCCUCGUUCGGUGGCGAUGAUAUGGAGCAGAGGAUACCGUACUACCGCCGCCUAUCGAAUACCUCAUCGGCGCUCUAUGGCAGCUGUCCCCAGUUGUUGCCCAGCAGCAGUAGCACCAACAACCGUCAUUCCUGGCUAAGAAUCCCCAAGAAUCCACAAGAGAAUCCCUCAGAGAAUCCAUCAGAGAAUCCGCGACAGUACUCGAGUCUGGUGAGGCCCAAACAACGCAGUCCCGUGCUGUGCAACAAAUGUGCCCUGUGACGAAGAUACAAUCUCAGCUGUGAGCAUCCCAAGCAAACUGCCGGGCAUCCAGGAAGCGGGAACACCGACCAAACCGCCCAAACGAAACCAGACAAGGAUUCGACGAACCAGCGAUAUCUGUGCUACGAGUGUCGUUUCAAUAAUCAACCGCUAGCCUGGUGGGUCUCAUGUCCACGGCUCUCCUAUUUACCCGCUGAGCAAACGAAAAUGCAGUCCACGACCACGCCCACACGUCACUGCCAUGGAGGCGUUGGCACUCAAACCACUCUUCCCCAAACCACCAGCACACCACCCACCCUGCCCAGAUUCCCGAGCAAACGGCAUUGUGACAAUUUCGGCAGCUAUGCCACAUUGCCCACCAUUGAGCACCAGAUGACCAUGCCCAUGAUGCCCCACUGCAGUCGACACGGUGGGGGUGGCGGUGGUGGGGUUGUGGGCGUUGGCGGGCUGGGUGGUGCUGUCGGUUCUGGCAUGCCGAGUGUAAUGCCCGCCCCACCACCGCCCCGCUACGCGAACCCCAAUAUAAAUGGCUGCUGUUAUAUGUACAAUCCCAUGCCACCCGCCCAUCAGAGCCACCAUCAGCAUGACCACCAUCAUGCGCAGCAGCACCACCCGGUGGCCCAGCAUCAGCACCACCCCCAUCAGUACGGGCCGCAAUACUGCCUCUGCGAUAAUUGGUACCAUCAGCCACCGCCGACGCAGCAGCAGCAGCACCACCACCAACAAAGGGCCAAGAACCUGAUGGCCAACGGCGGCUGCUAUUUUGGCUACGAGGCGAAUCAUCAUCCCAGCUUGCAUGCCACGACCCCACAUCCCAGCCACAUAACCGACGAGGAGGAUUCGGCAUUCCCCGGACUGGCCGAUCGAGAGUUCCACCUGCUGCACCGGAACAUUCCGGCACUGCGACGAACCGGAGUGGAUACCACACGCAUCAGACAGUACUUUUAUCCCGAUGGCGGCUGGGGCUGGAUCAUCUGUGGAGUGUCCUUUCUGGUCCACAUCCUGACCACCGGACUGCAGCUCAGCUACGGCCUUUUGUGGUUCUAUGCCGUCCAGUAUUUGCAUAAUACCAGUGGCAUAGAACUGCUGGGCGCUUUGAGCUGGUCAGUUUCCAUGGUGGCCACAUCGUUUGUGGUGUCGCUGUGCCGUAAACGCUCCAUCCGCCUCCUGUCCAUCGUGGGCGGGCUGGUGAUGCCCCUGGGCAUAUUGUUCACCUCAUUUGCCACGGAAUUUGGCCAGGUUGUUUUCAGUUAUGGCAUCGUCUUCGGAGUUGGGGUCGCCAUGGUGCGGGAGGCAUCAACCGUGAUGCUGGGCAAUUACUUUAAGCGGCGCCGUCAAUUCGUCGAAAUGGUGGCCAUGUCCGGCGAGGGAGUUGGCAUCGCUUUGUUCUCCGUCAUUUUGAAGGAGGGCGUGGGCAAGGCCGGCUGGCGCCUAGGCCUACAGAUUGUCGCUGCUUUGACGGCACUCAGCUUUUUCAUGGGCCUAAUGUACCGACCCGCCUCCCUCUAUCAUCCCCAGCGUCGGGCCAUCCAGCAUCUCAAAAAUCAGCGCAAAAAGAUGAGGGAGAAAAAGCCGAUUCUCAGCCAGGAUGUGGAGAGCACACCGAAGUACUUUUUUCUGGACAUAUCAUCACUGAAAUCGGUGACUGUUAAAAUUUUACUCAUGACCUCCAGCGUGGCCUCCUUUGGCAUUUAUACACCCAUGUUCCUAAUGGCACUCAAUGCCGCCGAGCAGGGCUCUGAUGUGCAAGAAUUGGUUCUGUUGCAAACAUUUCUGGGAAUUUCCAUGGCCCUGGGUGUGGUUAUAGCUGGAGCUCUGCUGAGACGUUGUUUUGUGAUCAGGCACUUUGUGAUCAAUACCAAGAUUGUCACGCAGCUGUUCCUAUCAAUUGUGGCCUUGGCUAUCCUCUUUCUAUCCUUCGUCAUGGGCUACACGGGCCUUUGUAUACUAAGCUGGUUGUAUGGCAUUGGUCUGGGUGGCUUUCAAUACUCCCUAAAGAUUUUGGCACUCGAACGCAUCAAGCUGAAACAUUUCUCCAAGGCCUGGGGUUUCAUUCGGGGGGUUGAGUCAGUUCCUGUGCUGAUAAGCGUGCCACUUACCUCGUUUCUAAAUGAUUACUCCCUUAAAUACGGAAGGGCGGGCUAUUACAUAUGCUCCGCGGCGGCUGCCAUCUCGGGAAUUAUAAUAUUUUUCAUAAGCGAACCGCAGCAGCAGCAUCAGCAACAGCAGCAGCAGUUGCACCAUCAUUAUCAGCAGCGAAAUGGUCAUUUGGCGACUCCCACGCUGAUGCGCCACGCCUCCGCCCGCCAGCAUCGCCCACAUUUGCCGAUGGACUAUGGAUACGGGGAGUACCCCGCACCCGAUCUCCUCAGUCGGAGCUGCAUUAGUCUCAAUCAAAUGGAGCCCUAUCUGCAGGCGAACUUCUGCCAAAGGCACAUGUUGCAGCAGCAGCAACAACAGCAGCAGCAGCAGCAACAUUCCCACCUGCAGCAGUUGGCCUGUCACAAUCUAGAUUUGCAGCCGCAUCAGGGGCGUGAAGCCUACCAGUUGGGCCAGGGGAGCAUUGGUGCCAAGAUGGGCAAGCGGCUGCAGCGGAGUUUGUCCUUCAUCCAACAGCACAGCAACUGCUGCGAUGGCCAAAUGUACUGCAGCUGGCACAGCACCUACGAACUGGGCUGUCACAAGAGCAACAAGAACCCGGGAUCGGCGGACCGUCAGCCAUUGAUAUGCACCUGCAGCAGUCCAAAUAGGAAUCCGGUCACCUAUGGAACUCACGGACCAACCGGACCACCCGGACCAACCGGACCACCUGGCCCACCCAGUUCCACCCGCAGCCGCAGUGUUCCAGAGGGUUUAUCCACGAUGUCGCAGCAGUGUAACUGUCGUCAGGGUCCUGCCACUUUUGCGGCCCCCACGCGGGAGUUCAUCUACGUGCCGCACGCCUAUGCCUCCCUGCAAAGAACCCCCCAUCGCCACAGCCAGGGUGCGGGUUCGGGUCCGGGGCCGGGAAACUCAGCAUUGCGAAACAAUCCACAAUGCCGGCUGAAAAGAUCCCAAUCCCUAUGCCGACCCAAUGCCGUUCAGUUCGUGGAGCAAAUCACCACGUCCGUGUAGGAAUAUGGUAUGUGGCAAUAGCACUGGGAGAAAAGUUUCAGCGCAAGCAGAUAAAACACUUGUCUUUGGAGAACACUAGAAAGCUUAUGAUUAUAUAUAUUUCGGGUUUCCAACUAUAUCUCGAGUGAUUUUUAAACACCCCAAAUGAGGUCUAUUAGUAUGCUUUACACAAAGGUUGUCGUAUCUCCCAGGGAGUUCCGGGCUCAGAAUAUUUCGAAGCAUACACGUAGACCCCCUUACAAAUUGCAAAUCGCAGACUUUUCCACAUUUAUACUGUCAUUAGUAAAUAAGAUUCGGCAACAUUUUCUUCGAGUGUGAUCGAAGCCAAAAGAAUAAGGAAAAUCGAAGAUACCCCGUAGCAAUUGGGUGCUAUAAAACUUAUAUUUUGGUAUUAUGGUCCCACCCACACACACACGGCUACGUGAAUCGCAUGCACAAUUUGUCAGAUCUCUUCUAGUCUUUUGUCGUAGCUCUAUUAGAAAUGUAAAGUUAAAAACACCAACCAACCGAAUGAAGUCCCACAACAACCAAACAAAGAAGGAAACUCAAUGAAUUUUUCAUAAAAAAAAUCCACACUCAACUUUUACACACACGCAUGCAUAAGCUAGGAUGGAAAUUUUACUCAUUAGCAUAUUAAUAUAUUAUAGAGAUUACGGACAGACGAAAAGCUUUAUCUUUGUCUCAAGCAAAAAGUAUUCAACUUGUGGCCAAUACAUAAAUAUUUAUGAGAUAAUUCAAUCGAGCGAAGAACAGACGCAAUGAAAACGGAAACAAACAAACUUCUUGAAUGGUCCAUUUUAUAAACGUGCAUACAAUUUAACCACCGAAAACCGAUUACCGAUAUAUACAGACAAACAAAAGACAAUGAACGCCGGCACAUGAAGUCGAUCCAAUUAAAUGACUCUUUUCCCAAAGGAAAACGCUGAGAGGUCCUCAGUGACGAGUUUUCGUGUCGGCGAACUACUUUAUUUUUCAAUAACAAUUAUAUAUUGCAUAAUUAAGUGGCGUUUAACGGCGGACGACGGAAUGAAAGCAAACAAACUGCCGAUGGAAAUGGAAAAUUACCUUCGCCUUAUUUUCCAAUCGAAAUGAGGCAUACGAAAAUAUAAUUAUUGCCAAUAUGAUAGCCAUCGUUUAUUGGCCUGAACUUUAUUUCGUAUAUGGUGAAUAUUUUGAAAUGGAUAUCUGCUAGUUUUUCUAACCUGGUAAUCAACAAUAAAAUUCCUUUUAUUUUUACCUUUUAAAAUUAACUAACAGUGCUAGUUUCAUUCCAAUUUAAUUUCAAGGUUAACAUUUAGCUUUUGCACUGUUUUUGAUUGGAAGCGAUCUAAAAUAAUCCCCAAUACAAUUUAAAAUAUGCGCCCUAUAAAUAACAGACAAGAUAAAAGAAAAAAUGCAAAGCCAAUUUGUAAAUCAUUAGUAAUUCCAUUCAAAUAAAGAGCUGCACUUUUAAAAGAGCCAGGUGCAUAAUCAGCUAAAUAGCAGCUCGUAUUACAACCAAUUAAAAACAAAUAAAACAUAAAAAAAGAAAAAGUUAAUUCGCCGAACAAAAGAAAACUGGCCACUGGCAAAUAAACAGAAUAAUUAAAAUAUUUGGAAAGCUUAAAAAACAAAUAAACAGAAGAGGACAACAUAAUAAUACAGGAAAAAUCAUCAGCGGCGGAGAGCUUUCAUAAAGCAAAUAUUAAAAUAAUCUAGUAAAGUGGCAAUCGAAAAAUAGACAAAACCGACAAGUUGCCAAACAAAUUUAAACAAUAUGUUAAAGGAAAACAAAAUGCAAAUGUCUAACGAAGCGGAAACCCAAUUUAUAUAAAAAUUUACAAACGAAUCGAAUGAAAAUACUUGUAUUAAAGACCAUAAAAGGAGCCAUACGAAUUUUCCGCAACCCAUUUUCUUUGUAAAUAAAUUUCCAUUGCUUAUCUUUAUAAUGCACGAACAAAUGGACCUAAGUCAAGCCAACUGCCAUGAAUCGCAAUAAAAAAAAACGUUUGCAUAUGUUCAAACGAAGCUAUACAAUUUUUAAAGAAAUUCUCUGCUCUUUCUCGGUCAAUAAAAUAAAUUAGAUAUAACUUUCGAAUCCAACUCUUUUUCGCCAAUUGUGUUCAGCGAAAACGAUACACUUAGCAUUAAAUGUUAUUACACCCACAAGCAUAUCUAUGUGCCAGAAAAUAAAAAAAAAAACCAUAACUAUUUGCAAUUUCGCCGGAAUAACAAAGAGAACUAACCAACUUAAGGUACAACUUGUAGCUAAAACAAUUUUUAUCUGAUGGAAUUUAGAUACGUGAAAUUUUUCAGAGAAACACCUAAGCGCAGAAACUCAUAUUUGUAACUCUUUAUCAUUAGUAGUUUAGUGUGAUAAAUGUUAAUAAAGAAUGCAUAAACGAAAACCCUGCCAUUCAAUUUCAUUCAAUUUGUGUCUUGCCGUUG